AUGUCCAUCCUUCCAUUCGAUUCCACGGCCUACUCCACCUACAUCAGAGAAUCGAGAUCCUGGACAUAUAGUCAGAUAAUCGGCACCACUCCUGCUGGAAAGACUGGGUCGCAGGCGAAUCUGCAGGCCGCAAGCGUGAUCGCGAUCGACAGUGAUAUCCAAGGCGAUAUCUACAAGCUUUUGAUUUCAGGCAUAGUACCAUGCCCCAUCACAUUCGUGUUCACAAUUGAUGAAGAGGACAUAGAGGACCUGAGACCGUUCAUGUAA